AUGAUCGAUCUCCAGAUCCAUUUUGACGGUAUCCAGCCCAAUCACAAAGACUUGAAGCCAUUUUCACAACCAAGCCCAUUGUCGCCUUGGCUGAAUACUAUCUCUCCUGGCCAGCGAUCAGAUUGCGAUCCUAUGCUCAUGUCUUAUUUCGAACACAUCAUCUGCAGCAGCUCAACUCUCGUCGAUAAUGCGCAUUACAAUCCAUAUCGAUACCUCAUACUACUCAUGGCCCUGCAGUCUGAUGGGAUAUAUCAUGCCGCCCUAGCCAUCGCAGCCAAUACCCUCAAGCUGUCAGAUCAGCGGUACCGGCUUCCGGCAUUGGAGCAUCACCAUCGGGCGUUAAAUCACCUGCGUAGUCUAUUGAAUAGAGACAACUGGGUGGAAAAUGAGUUGGAUGAGAUACUCGCAGAACUAGCGUGGGCUCGGGAGGAUGGCAACAUAAAAAUCAACCGUAAAGAUGUUCAUCAACUCGAGACGGACCUCGAUAGCCUUCAACAGAAGAUACCCACAGAAAAUAUCGAUCCUAGUAUGGAGUGUGCUGCAAUUGCAGAAGCGAACAGGCUUGGGGCCAGGCUUUUUCUGCACGAGAUCUGUUCGACCAAAGCACCUAUUAAUCGCUCGGGUAUCCCGACAGUGGAAUCUCAAGAGAAGAAUGUUUAUGUUGAACGGAUAUUGACCUUGAUGUUGGAAAAGAAGGUAAAUAUGCUGCGUACUGCAGUUACACCUUUAUGGCAUCUCUUCCUGGCAGGGUGCUGUGCUAGCAGGGAAGAGGAGAGAGUCACUGUAUUACAGUUGUUUAAAGAGCUGGAGGAUAUUCGUCGAUUUGGGAACAUUACCCCUGCGAUUGAAGUUGUCGAAAUGGUCUGGCGCCAGCGGGAUCUGUCGGUGCAAGAUGAAAGAAGACUUCAGAAAAAGCUCAGUACACAGCGGCAGAAAGACCCUUUCCAAGAAACCCGGUUCUCCUGGGAGCAUGCCAUGGUCAUGUUGGGUGGUGGAAGCUCAGCUUGA